UACCUAUAAUGCGCAUUUACUUUGGUAGUUUAGUUUUAUUUUAUAGUUCCAAUAAUUGUCAAGUGCAAUCGGUUGUUAAUGCGUAAUGAUUUCAUUAAAAUUAUUUUCGGUGUUAAGUACUUUUCUAUUAUUACAGGUUCAGUGUGACAUUUUAUUACAUGGCGAUACGAACGAAGAAAAAAUUAUAGAUAUCGCUGAAAUUGCUCUGAAAGCUUUAGAAAAAAUCGUAGACACUCUCACAAACGUCUCUUUUACAACCUUGAAAACCCUGGAAUCCACUAUUAGAUCAACUGAAAGGCUGAUUUUGAAAUUUGCGAAAUUCGAAAUUGAUGAACUAUCAGAUGAAAUAUUCCAAAAACUAGACGAGAUAAAAAAAGAAGCCAAUAUUAUCGCCGUUGACAUCAUAGAUUGUACAGAAGACCGAGAACAGGAUUUGAAGGAUAUGCUGGCGAAUUUCCUAAAUAGAACAGGAGAUUGUGCCGUGAAUAGGGUGAAUGAAGUUUUGGAUAGCUUGGGAAUUGUCGUAAUGGAUAUUCAUAACGUAAAUGAUGAAGUGAAGAACAUAACUGUACAAUUAGAAAAUUGUGAAAAUGAUUCUAAUGCUGUUGCUUGUAUUAUAGAGGUCAUAAAAAUUAUCCAAAAGGAAGCUACCGAGGUACCUGCUAAACUGAGGGAAGACGUCGACGAGGCCGAAAAAAAAGUGAACGAAUUAAUUGACUAUUUAUUUGAAUGCGAACACGACAAUAUUAAUGAGCUGGAAAUGGUGGUUCAAGAAAUAUACAAUGGAAUAGUGGAAUGUGUUCAAGGGAAAAUAUUAACUCCAGAUGUUAUUUUGUUAAAUUAAGAUGUAAAUCGAACCCAUGAUUUGUAUGUAUAUAAAUACAUUAGCGAGAUUAAUUAGUGAUGACUGAUGAUCCUGAAAUAUGUAAUAUAAAGAAACUACGAA